AUGUCGUCAUCAUCGGCCGCAGCGCCAUACAACACCCCGCCGGCACUGAUCGCCUUCUUGCUGGGCAUGCUCGUGGUGUGCUUUGUGGUGUUCAGCAUUGUGUACAUGUGCAAGUAUUGCUUCUCUGGUGUGAUCAACACCUGGGCUUCCCAGCCUAUCAUUUCGAGCUCCCUCAUUCGCCUUACACCGUUUCGGUCCCCUCCUCGAGGCCUCGACCCAAAGCUUCUCCAGGUUUUCCCCACCUUCCCUUACGCCUCUAUUAAAGACCUUAGCAAGGAUCAAAAGUACGACCUCGAAUGUGCAAUUUGCUUGUUGGAGUUCGAGGAUGAUAACAUGGUUCGCCUCUUGACGCUCUGUUGCCACGUCUUCCACCAGGAUUGCAUUGAUCUCUGGCUCCGCUCGCACAAGACCUGCCCCGUUUGUCGACGACACCUCGAUUCGCCCCCGAAUGAAAUAGAGAAAGUCGUGGACGUUAACGAGGGUGUGGUGGUCACGUCCACGAGCAGGGAGAUACAUAUUGAUGUAACAGAAGGGAAAUUGGAUGGUUGUGGCGAUGAUGAUGAUGAUGAUACAAGUGGUGGAAAUAAAAAACAAGAACAUGAACAUGGUCAUGAGAAUCAUGAGGUGAUCACUCAUCAACAAGGGGGAAAAACAUUUGCACGGUCACAUUCGACGGGGCACUCGAUAGUUUUGAUAAGAAGAGAUGGAAAUAAGGAAAAAAAUGAUCAUGAGAAGUAUACGUUGAUAUUGCCGGAGCAUGUUUUGAGAGAGAGGCAUAAUAAUAAGCACAAUUGUACAAGGAGUUGUGUGAGUUACAAGGACAUGGCCAUGCUUGUUGCUCCUCUUCCUGUUGCACCUUAUAGUAAUUGUGGCUUUGUUCAACCAGUUUCGCCAGCUGGCACCUCCUCCCCUGACCAUACUCGGAAAUAA